AAACGCGUUCCUUAAGUAUGCCAGAAUUUACUAAUCCCACACCCAAAUCGGUCAAACCGUUAUCCUUUUCCCACUCACAACACAAGUCUCUCUGUCUAUAUAUAAAUACACACACACACUAUUGCAUCACAAAAACAGAGUAAAACUAAACCCAUUUCAUUCAUCAGUGUUUUUGAAUGGCGGUAUACGUGGAAGAGGAGGAGGUGUGGAAAUGUCCAAAACACCCCUCGAAGCGGAGGCGCAGCGGCAUCUGCCCGACCUGCCUCCGCGACCGCCUCGGCAACCUCUGCCCAAUCUGCCACAACGCCCGCCCCUGCCCCUGCUCCUCCUCCUUCAGCCGCGUCUCCAACCUCAUCGACGGCGAGCCCUCCUUCCGCCGCUCCAGAUCCCUCGCCGUCCCCUUCUUCCGCAACACCGCCAAAACUCCGUCGUUUUUCUCCUUUUUAAAUAGAAGCAAGACGAAGAGGAGCGAGGAGCAGAGGGUGGCUAUCAACGAGGAAGUGAAAUUGGAGAGCAAUGAUAGGAUUGAAGAUUAUGUGAGGAUGGUGUCGAGAUCUAGAUCCGUCAACGCCGCCGCCACGUCGGGGAUGUUCCGCCGCCGUGAUGAAUCCGGGGCGUCGCCGGCGAGGGGGAAAUUCUGGCAUUUUCCGAGUCCGAUGAAGGUGUUCCGGAGAUCAAAGACGCCAAAGGUUGUCGUUCAAGAUCGAUCAUCGCCUUUUCGGAGAAGUUGAUUUUUUUAUUUUACUUCACCUAAUUAUUAACAUAGUUUUUCUACUAAUUAUUGAAAAGUCUAAUAGUAUGUAUGUAUGUAUGUAUGUAUGUGUGAAUUUCUCUGAAAUAAAGGGAGAUUUGGUUA